GAGUGCAAAAAUAACACCCGGCACUCUGCUGGUGGUCAAGCCUAUAAAUACUAAGCUCAGCAACAAUAUUCUCAUAAACAAGUUUCUAAACUUAAAAAGAGUAUCAAUUAAACACACCAAAAGAAAACUACUACAAUGGUUUGCAAAGGCUGUGGUUCUAACUGCAAGUGCACGGACACCAAGUGCGGCGACAACUGCGCCUGCAGUCAGGACUGCAAGUGCGUCUGCAAAAACGGACCCAAGGAUCAGUGCUGCAAGACCAAGUAGAACCCGGCAAUGAUCAAAUGAACCAAUCCCAAUAAAUAUUUCAAACGACUUUA